UCCGGCACGUAGCGCAAAAGUAUGAUAGACACGAUUACACUGAUUUUACAAAUAAGAGACGCGAGCGUUUUUGUUGUUCCGAGAAAACCCAUCGCCUGUUGGUAAGUGGCAGAUUUUAUUUCUCGUCACGUCUUCCGGUCCCUUCUUCGUUAUCCCCACCCGUGAUAAAAGUAUGGAGCGAAUUACUUUCCUUUCAGUCUUACAUUUUCUUGUUAUCGUUGCAAAUUUGUUCAUUUGGUGUCCGAAUUCGUCACGAUUUUAACUCAUCUUCGUCUUCUAUUUCAAACGCUGACAUAAUGGCAUCCACAUUGGAUUCUACAAAACCGUUGGGGGGAAAUAUUGCUAAUUACGUGCCGGAAAAACUACCCUAUGUACCACCUCUGGUAACUGCAUGUAUAAAAGAGAUAGAAUUACUUAGUGAGGUGGGGAUGAGCAUGUACAAAGAGAACGGCGACCUCGCGAUAGCCAAAGUAUUGGUAAGAGAAUAUCGCAGAUCCAAAAAAGUGCCGGACUUGAAGGGAGUUGAUAUACACACGCUUGAAUCCACUCUAAGAUUGUUUUUGGCUUCAUUGAGUGAACCACUUAUCAUCGAAGAAUUUCGGGAUCCAUUCGUUACCGCGGCUCUCAUGACCGAUAAAAAAAAGAAGGAUGCAGCACUAAGCGAAGCGAUAAUCCUCCUUCCGGCUCCGAAUCUCCACACUCUCAGUUAUCUGAUCCAUCAUUUAAGAUUCAUCAGCAAACUCUCGAGCACAAAUCACUACAACCGUCUCGCUGUCGUAUUUGGGCGCAUACUAGUUGCUGGAAGAUCUCGUUGUCUCGCUUCAUCUUUGUACAUCCUUCAUCCAGAAGAUCAAGAAGAGGUUGUCCAAAGUUUGUUGGAAAUGGAUGUUUCUUACGAUUCCUUUCUUCCUUUCAAGUCUCAGGACUCAUGAUUCCGCAGCUGGUGACUGGAUGUGAAACGAUCGUGGUGUUCUCCGACAAGAUGAGAAUGUCAUGUGAAUAAAAAUUAAAAAACAAACUAAUAUUCAGAGUGUUAAUAAUAUUAUGACGAUUAUUUAAUA